AUGCUUUGGUACAUGAACGACUUUGUGAAGGACACCCUUUCCAAAGCUCCCGACACCAAGAUCUACUUCGAGUGGACUCAUCCCUGUCAAGGGUGGCAAGAACCUCCAAUGGUCGACCUCGAGACCUUCCUAGCAGCCUUGGACAUUCCCUGGCUCUCAUGCCGCAUCGAUGGCUGCGUCUAUGGCAUGAUGGACUCUCGAGGUGAACAUCAUCUUCACAAGAAGUGGCUUGUCAAGACCACCUGUGAACACUUCCAUGCCACCUACAAGACUAAGGUAUGCCAUGGAGGCCACUCACACACCUUGAUUCAAGGCGCCGAGACCGCCAAGAGCGCCUACUACCCUUGGAAGCUUGUCCAGUCCUGGGCACGAUUCUGGAGAGCUGAGAUGGUGUCUGAUCGCAAUCUUCGGCUCCUCUUCAUGAAGCAGGACUCACCUGCUGCAUUGGAGAAUGAAGAGCUCUACCUCCUUGCCGACGAUGACGGUGGCACCCUCAAUGCUCUUCCUGCUGAAGAAGCCCUACAACCAGUGGAGGUUCCUUCUGAACAAGAAAAGAAACAAUGGAUGGCAAGGGUAGCUCACUUCCACAAGGCAGCUGGCCAUCCUACCAACAAGAACCUGGCCAAGCUGAUCAAGAAUGCCGGUCAGCCAGCCUGGAAGUCUGAGCUGGCUUUGGAACACAAAUGUCCGGCCUGUGAGGCCAUUCGACCUGGCGGCACUUCCAGCAAGAACAUUCCACCGGCGAGCACUCACUCUAUGUGGAGUGCAUGGCAAGCUGUUGGCAUGGACACCGCAGAAUGGCAGAUUCCAGCCACCAAGAACAAGGUGAAGUUCGUCCUCAUGAUGGAUCUGGCUACGAAGCUUCGUGUGGUUUGGCCCAUCAUGGAGUACCCCAACAUGGAGAUGCGAGCUGAAACUGCUGACCACAUCAUUGAAGCCUUCACUGAGCGCUGGCUCUCCGUCUUCCCAAAGCCUGAGAUGGUGAUAGUUGACAAUGGUAAAAGCUUCACCUCUGAUCGCUUCAACACCUUCCUGCGGGAGUCCAACAUCGCCGUGCACUACCCUCCUGAGAAGGAACCCUGGGCACAUGGCAUCUUAGAAGCUGGCAUCCAGGACAUCAAGCAAGUGGCAACCGUCCUCCACAUGGAGCAACUGGACCUUCGGCCGGCUCAUACAUUGGUUCUGGCCACUUCAGCUCUGAACCAAACUGAGUACACUGCUGGGUACUCUGCUCAGCAAUGGGCCUUCGGGAAGCACUAUUCCCUGACCGAUGAGGACCACCGCACGUAUGAGCAGGUGGAACCUUCAACUGACUUUGCACGCCUCGUUCAAGCCCGACAACAGGCUGAAGAGAUCGCUGUGAAGACCAGGUCAAAGAGAGUUCUGAGCAAGCUCUCCAACACUCUGGUUCGCCAGCCCUUGAGAACUUUUUCUCCUAUGCAGCUGGUCAAGAUCUGGCGACAAUUCCAACCAGCUGAUCAACACAAGGGCAGCCCCACUGGCAAGUCUACGCUGCAGCCCUCCGACUACAAGCUGAAACACCGCAGCAGUCCAUUGGGACUACAACCUCCAGAUCGUGAAGUACAACACUUUGUACCUCCUGCUCACGCUUCGAGCUCGGCACGGCCCUCCAACUCGGCCCUACCAGAGGCUGAGGAAACUGCCAAUGACUACGAAGACUACACCCCGAGUCUUCCUGAUGCCGCUGCUGAUGAACCUCCUGAAGAUGAACCACAACCUUCAGAGAGAGAUCCCAAAAGAGCUCGCAGUGAGUACGAUCUGAAGUGGGUGGAGGAGCUGAAAUCUCACUCUGAGAUUGACAACAAUGAAGUCUUCAGCUACCUCACCGAAUGUCAAGAUGACUUGGACGUCUUGGUCAUGCACAUCGAUGUGGAGCCUGAGACUAAUACCGAGAAGAAGGGGAAAGCCAUCAUCGUGGACACGGCUGGGGAGCGGAGCUGGCGGAGCUGGGAAGCCAUGCCUCCACCCACCAGCCUGACGGAUCAUCGUCGUCGGCCGCGGGUAGUGCAACCGCCCAAAGAGGAGGAGAGCACGCGCCGCGCCGUACGGAGGAUCCCGCUGGCUGCGGGUCCUUGGAGCCAUUUCGGCUCGUCCGCUGCCCGCUUGACUGAGCGCUUUCGGUUCUCCUCGUCCCGUGCCAAGGAAGAAGAAGCACUGGAGUUCGCCUGUUGCUGUGCAGCGAGCACUGGGCCAGAGGAAACCUUUGAGGCCAACUACCAGGCGUUUGCCUCGGACGAGUGCUUGUCAGCCUACUUGGCCAAGACUGGCUCCACCAGCAGCAGCGGUCCGUCACGGCAGGCGGAGAAGUCGCGUUUGCAGGCCCUGUUGAAGGACUUCGCAAAGAGUGCCACCAACGCUGGCUGCCCGUGUGUAUACUUCAAAGAAGGCACCUGGGAGCGUGCGGACCGUGCACUCUAUCGCAUGGACAACCUUCUGCAGACCUUGAUGUUGAUCAGCGGUCAGGGCCCACAGCAGCUGGAAGUCACAUGUCCGAUCACCGCCAUUGAGGACAUUUAUUGCAUGGCCGAAGACGGACCGAGUUACUUCCCUCCAGAGGUUGUGGCAGCCCUCACGCCGGAGGAGAAGGAACAGCUUUUGAUGAUCGUCUUCAGCGACGCGGACGCCAAAUUCGUCCGGCUUUGCUUGGCACAAGAGUCCAGACAAAGCCGUGAUGACUUCCUGGAAUGCAUGCGGAUCCUUUCGGUCUACGCCCAGUCUCAAACGGACUCGAAGGUGAAGCCGGAGCCAUGA